AUGGCAUCACUACCACUUAUCGAUAAACAAACAAAACUAAUUUCGGUACCGCAACAAGUUUAUUUGAUUUGAAAUAAGUUUAUUUGCACGAUAAUGUCGCUCUCCCGAAUGAAUACGCUGAUGAAGCUGGCACCCAAGUCCACCGCCAUCCGAACCAUCCAGAUGCAGCCCCAGAGGAACCUCUCUGCCCACGCCCACCCGGAAUCCGGACCCACUGGCCACUUCAAGACCCUGGCCAUCAGUUCGCCCAAACCGUUCGUCUUCCAUGUGGAGCUCCAUCGUCCCAGCAAGUUCAAUGCCAUCAACAGGCAGAUGUGGCUGGAGAUCAAGGAGUGCAUCGACGGACUGGCCAUCAAUCCAGAUUGCCGAGCUAUAGUUGUGUCCGCCGCUGGGAAGCACUUCACCGCCGGCAUCGAUCUCAACGACAUGAUGAGCCUGGGCCAGACGCUGGCCGAGACCGACGACUAUGCCCGCAAGGGCGUCAUCUUAGAGCGAAUGAUCAAGCUGUAUCAGGACUCGAUGAGCAGCCUGGAGCAGUGCCCUAAGCCGGUGAUCACGGCCGUGCACAAGGCGUGUAUUGGGGCGGGCGUGGACCUGAUCACCGCCUCCGACAUCCGCUACUGCACCGAGGACGCCUUCUUCCAGGUCAAGGAGGUGGACAUCGGUAUGGCCGCCGAUGUGGGCACUUUGCAGCGUCUGCCCAAGGCGGUGGGCAGCCAGUCUCUUGCCCGGGAGCUCUGCUUCACCGGCCGUAAGUUCGAGGCGGCCGAGGCCCAUUCCUCCGGUCUGGUGAGUCGCGUCUUUCCGGACAAGGAGUCUCUGCUGAGCGGAGCCUUGGCUCUGGCCGAGGUCAUUGCCAGCAAGAGCCCCAUUGCGGUGCAGACAACCAAGGAAAAUCUUACCUACUCGCUGGAGCACACCAACCAGCAGGGAUUGGAUCACAUUCGCCUGCUCAACAAGCUCAAUCUGCAGUCGGAGGACUUUGCACAGGCAGUGGCCGCCCAGUUAACCAAGGAUGAGAAGCCCGUUUUCGCCAAGCUGUGAUCUGUGAUUAAAACCCAACGGCAGCGGGAUCGAAUUUACAAUGUAUUUGCCUUGUAUGCAUUCAUAAAUACACCAGCUGCCUUUACUUUAAGACUA